GGAGUGGGCGUGGAUGAGUUUUGGCUUUAUAAACGCUGCGAAUGGGCUUCAGCACGGAUCUUACUUGUUGAGUGAUUUCUAGGAGGACAGUCUAACGCGAACCCGACACACCUAAAGACGUCCAUUCGAUCGGCAAAUGACGACGGCAAUGAUGAAAGGAUUUGUGCUCUUUAUCUGCUUGUUCUUCACAGUUGUUCAGUCCAUCACAUGCGAGGCGAACAGGAUAGAUGCGCGCAAAAAGCACGAAAACGAUGUGGCGCAUCACAGCUCUGCCAUAACAACAGGAGUGUGGAAUCAGGAGAAGCCAAAGAGACUCUUUGCCAGGACUCGCUAUCUGUCUCAGCAGAGACAUCACGUGGUGAGACCUAAGCCCAGGCCUGAGGCCGUUUCUCCAGCCCAGACUCCAGCGCGGCGCUGCGCCGGUCUGAUGGAGAGCUGCUCCUCGCUCACUCCCUGCUGUGACCCAUGUGCUUCCUGCCACUGCAGGCUCUUCAACACGAUCUGUCACUGCUGGAGACUCGGACACCUCUGCCCCAAGAAGACCUAAUCGCCCCAAACGCGCACGUGUACCGGUGCUUCUCAGCUGCUUUUACUUUAGCACCACACAUUGGACAUCAAACGUUGUUUAGCGUACAAAAAACAAAGUCGUUUAUUGGUUAACUUAUAAAUAUUUCUUGAACUUUGAUGGUAUCUCAUUCCCAGCUUGCAAUAGUUCGCCAUACAAAACUAAUUUGACUUGCUUCUAUCAAGAUUCAUUUGUGCCAAAAGAGGUCAGUUAAAGAAUAUUCCAUACAACUGGCAUAUUGUUGAUAACCACAGAAGUUAGUUUGACUGAUUGCUUGCUUUUGUUAAAACAAGCAGAAAUUAAGGGUUAAUUUGAGGUGCUACAGUGCAAAAACAAAGCUCUUUUAUUAUUUUUCCAUUAAAAAUGUUUGUAUUAUUGGAGCUGUGAAGCUGUUUAAAGGAUUUUUAUAGUCAAUUAAAGUUUUAGAGUUGUUUAGAGUAGUCUGAUAAAAGGCUAGUAUGUGAUUUUCCUUUUAUAUAGAUUGAAAUCAUGUAAACACACAACCAACUGGCUCCGUUGUAAGUCAUAAUGUUAGUUUUUUGAAGAAAAUGAGUUGUGGUAAUCAACUUUACAAAUGCUGUUGAAUCUGGAAUAUUCCUUUAACAAAAUAAAGAAUUAUGGUUACUCUUUACAAUAACCCUAGUAAAAAAGUAAUCAAUUUAAAAUACAUUUACAUACAUACAUUUCAUACUAAGUAUAGUUCAAGUUACUGACAUAUUGUUUGAGACUUACUGAUAUAAAAAUUCUAAUUAAACUUUAUUUUGGAGUACUACUUGUGCACAAUGCACGUUUCUUCAUAUUAAGCCUAAAAUAUGUCACUACUGACAUGAUCUUUAAAUAAUAUCGGUCUUUAAAUGCAAAAUAUUUAAAGUUUACCUAAAGUAUACUUGCAACAGUUUCACUUUAGCACAAUCAAACACACUUAAGUAUAUCUUUAGUUGGGCUUCAGCACUACUUCAAGCGUAUUAAGUACAAAAUUACCUUAGACUUUAAAUAUACCAGUUUAGUAUACUAAAAGUAUUUUUAUUAAGUACAUUAUAAGUGAAUGUAUUUGCAGUAUACUUAGCAUGAAGUAAAUGUAUUUUAGUCAAUUUAUUGCUAACUAUGAAAGGUUUCAUUUGUUAGCUACAUUAGUUAACUAACAAUGAAAAAUACUACUAAAUCAUUUAUUAGCCUUAAUGUUAAUUUCAGCAUUUACUAAUAACUUAUUCAAAUCAAAAAGUUGUUAUCUGUUAAAUAUUAUUUAAUGUACCGGAACUAACAAAAAAUUGCAUUUUUUGUUAACAAAGAUUGCUUAUUUGCUUAUUAUUAGUUCAUGUUAAUUAAUGCAUUAAUUCUAACUAUAACUAAUGGGACCUUAUUGUAAAGUGUUACUAGCUUUUUUUUUUUUCUUUCAGACCUUCAGAUGCACCACUGUUAUGUAUCACACAUGCAGCUGUGCACCGGCAGUGCUUUUACACACUCUAAUACUGCUAUGUAGCACA